GUCCAAUUUUAUUGUUGAGCCUGUGAGGAUAUAAAAGGAGCACAUCCCCUCGUGUUAUCACUGCAUCGUCUGGGUCCUGAACCUGAACCUCACAGACACUCGACUGCUGCUUCGCCCAUUCAUUAUCGUCCACCAUGAAGACUGUGAUGAUUCUUUCCGUCCUCCUCUGCGUUGCUGCUCUGUCCGUCAGGGCUGCAAGUGUUACUUCUGUGCAAAACAAAGAGGAACCUGCACCCGAACCAGAGUCAGACGCUGCUGCUGCUGUUAAGAGAGGCGCUUCUCUACCUCAAGUUCGAUUCGGGUUCUGCCUCGAUGGUUGGCUGAGUUACCGUGGUAGCUGUUACUUCCUGUCCAACAACCCUGCCACCUGGGGAAAUGCUCAGAGUAUAUGUGCCAGCUACGGUGCCAACCUGGCCUCAGUCCACAGCAUCUGGGAGUACGGCUUCCUCCAGCGUAUGGCGCAGACUGCCGGCCACACCUUCGUCUGGAUCGGAGGUUACUACUUCCAGGGGGUGUGGAGAUGGGAGGAUGGCUCCUUUUUUGACUACAACAACUGGGAAACGACGAGCAGCACCGACAUUUACCAGUGCCUGCAGCUCAACUCUCAAGACUCCAGGGGCUGGUCUAACCACGGCUGCAGCAUGCACUUCCCUUUCAUCUGUCAGCAGAGUUCAAACUGUUAAUCAUUUCUAUCAUCUCUACACAUGAUGAUACCAAAGCUGUCAUGUAAAUUCAGCUGUGAAUGCAACACAACAGUAGCUGUAGAAUUUGAGUCUGAAUGUUUCAGUCAGCGUUUCACAAUAACAGUUUAUAAAACAUGAAUGAAAUCAAAUAUGAAAAAACUUGAUGCUUCGGUCAGAAGCUUUUUGCACUUUCCUGGAUUUUUCAUUUUUCACUCUUUUUUGCAAAUUUUGUAAAGUUUAUGAUAUGAAUAUAAUCUGUGUUGUUACUGAUGUGUCACUGAAUCUAUAAUUACAUUAUGUUAUAUAAAAUCAGAGUUGUAGAGUUGCGGAUGGUGUAUGAUCCAGCAGGUAUAUGUGGCCGUUUACCUCAAUCUUUACUGUAAUGCAUUUCACAAUGCAGUCUGCCUCAUUCCUGCCAUUAUGUCAUUUUUUUUUAUUGUGUGUAAUUAAAGUGUUGAAAUAAAAGGUUAAAAUGUG